ACGAACGCGUGCAGUUUGGAUUUUUGAUUUUUAGCCCAAAUAGAAUCAAUCGAACGAAUCCCAAAAAUCCAAAUUAAAUUCUGGAGGCUUCUAUCCAUAGUGUUUGCCAUAGUGAAAUGAUAUCUCCCGGCGUAUUCUGCUGAGGAGGCAGUCGCCAAAGCGAGAGGACUGUCGCUGGAACGUGUUGUUUGGCAACACAAAAAUUUAUGCCAUUAGUUUUGUCCAUAAAAAACGGAAACCGUAAACAGAAAACAGAAAAGAGACAACCGUAAACCGAAAACCGAAACCGGGCCGAAACCGAGAAAGACAUCAUAUUGAAUUUAUGGUAUAGGUGCAGCGUGGAUGUCUCCGUCUCCCCCACUCGGCAUUGGGACUUGUGCGGAUAUAUAUAUCGUUUCGUGUUGUAUCGAGGUGCCCGUUGUCAGGGUGUGACACGACACAGUUUUGGCUGCGUCGGCGCCGAUUUGCACGUGGCUACCUUUUGCCCGUUGCCUUCUCAGUCGCCUUCUCCUUUCUUGUGUGCUCGUGUCCUUUGGUUGUUGUCUUACCUUGUUACAAUUACCGUUAUCGCUUGCUCUCUGGUCUCUGUUCUCCCUCUUCCUACGAGUGGGUGGGGUUGGGUGUGAGUGUGGGUGUGAUUGCUAUUGCCUUUGUCCACCUCGAAACGAAUGAACAAUUCCGACCCGGUCUCCGGUCUCCAUGCAGUAGGGCUCUGAGGGUUCCAGGCUGCUCGUGUCGUGGGAAUAUUGCGGAUGAUAAUUGAAUUUUCUUUGCGGCUGCUUUGUGAAAAUCUCCUAAUUGGAAAUUUGUUAUUUGAAUUCGAUGAACUGUGAAAACGUACCAAGAAAAAAAGAGACAUUAAACUUGAAAGUGCCCCAGCACAAAGGCUAUGGAAAAUUGAAAAUGUCCACCAUCUUUAGUCAUUCCCUCAAAGUGCCAUCAAAGUGAAAUGUAAAAAUCUAUAGAAACACCAAACACCAAAGGAAUUACAAUUACAAAAUGGAAAACAUAACAGUAUCCUUUGCGAAUAUCACCAACGGCAUGAACGUCACCAACGGCAGUGACGUGGGUGUCACCCAGGAGCCCUUCUUCACCGAGGAGGAUCGGUUAGCCAUCGAGGGCACUGUGCGCUGGCUGGUGCCGUUCUUCUUUGGGAUCAUCGCCGUGACAGGUUUCAUUGGAAAUCUGCUGGUCAUUAUGGUGGUGGUGGCCAACAAGAACAUGCGCUCGACCACCAAUCUACUGAUCCUGAAUCUGGCCGUGUCGGAUCUCCUCUUCGUGAUCAUCUGCAUCCCGUUCACGGCCACUGACUAUGUCACGCCGCACUGGCCAUUUGGCAACUUCUGGUGCCGCAGCACCCAGUAUCUGAUUGUGGUGACGGCCUUCGCCUCGAUCUACACGCUGGUCCUGAUGUCCAUCGAUCGCUUCCUGGCCGUCGUACAUCCCAUACGAUCCCGGAUGCUGCGAACGGAGCACAUUACCAUGAUAGCCAUCUUUACCCUUUGGACUGUGGUGCUCACCGUCUCCAUACCGGUCACCUUUGCCCACGAUGUGGUGGUUGACCACGAUGACAGUUCCAACAUCACCUAUGCCCUGUGCCGCUUUAAAGACAACGAUCUGCUGGACGUCAGCACCUUCCAGCUGAGCUUCUUCAUCAGCACCUAUCUGCUGCCCCUGAUGAUCAUUAGCGGACUGUAUGUGCGCAUGAUCAUGCGUCUCUGGCGACAGGGCAGCGGCGUGCGUAUGUCCAAGGAGUCGCAGCGAGGACGUAAGCGGGUCACCCGGCUCGUCGUGGUGGUGGUCAUAGCCUUUGCCUCGCUCUGGCUGCCAGUGCAACUCAUCUUGCUGCUGAAGGCAUUGCAUGUCUAUGAGGCGGAUAACCUGUUCCUCAUCAUCGUCCAGAUAUGUGCUCAGACAUUGGCGUACAGCAGCUCCUGCAUCAAUCCGUUGCUCUACGCCUUUCUCUCUGAGAAUUUCCGCAAGGCCUUCUACAAGGCCAUUAACUGUUCGCAUCGAUAUCAGAAUUACACAUCUGAUUUGCCGCCGCCUCGCAAGACAUCCUGUGCCAGGACCUCCACCACGGGAGUGUAAACGACACCAGGGAAGUAUCUUGCGAUAUGAUUGACCGACGUCUGACAAUUGAGUGAGGCCAGUGGAAUCGCCUUCUCGAUUGAGUAUCUACUCGUAGAUGUGGACGGACACAUGUGCCCUUAAUUAGCGACCGAGGGACCAAAGCUGUCAUCGGGCACUGAAAUGUGCGCAUUUCGAUUGGAUAGACUUUAGUCAUUUCUUGUACAUAGCACGUAGCUUAGUGGAUUGUUAAUUGUAGGCUACUAAAGAUAGUGUCCUAGAAGGAUAUUAUAUCUACUUAUUGCACAGGCAUAUAUUCGGUGCACAAAUAUAUUGAAAAUAUGUAUCUCCCCCGUAUAUAAACCACGUUGCAGCUUUAUC